AUGAGUUCCGAUUUACAAAGAGAGAAGCCCGUCUCCGGCGACCGGAAUACCGAGGAUCCGGCAGCGUCGGACAGGUUCUCGGUGGAGGAGGUGGCGCUGGUGGUGCCGGAGACCGACGACCCGACCCUACCCGUCAUGACCUUCCGGGCAUGGGUUCUCGGCCUGGCCUCUUGCACGAUUUUGAUUUUCCUCAACACCUUCUUCAUCUACAGGACGCAGCCGCUGGCCAUUUCCGCCAUUCUCAUGCAGAUAGCGGUGCUUCCGAUCGGGAAGUUCAUGGCGGCGACGCUGCCGGAGAGGGAGUACACGGUGUUUGGGCGGUGGAGGUUCGGGCUCAACCCCGGCCCGUUUAAUGUGAAGGAGCACGUGAUUAUCACGGUCAUGGCUAAUUGCGGGGUGUCGAUUGGUGGUGGUGAUGCCUACUCUAUUGGGGCCAUUACAGUGAUGAAGGCUUAUUAUAAGCAGAGCUUGAGCUUCCUUUGCGCUCUAUUGAUUGUUCUGACCACUCAGUUGGUGGGCUAUGGAUGGGCUGGGAUGUUGAGAAGAUACUUGGUGGAUCCAGUUGAGAUGUGGUGGCCUUCAAAUCUUGCUCAAGUUUCUCUCUUCAGGGCGCUUCACGAAAAGGAACACAAAGCUCAAGGCACGACGAGAAUGCGAUUUUUCCUCGUAUGCAUGACAGCAAGUUUUAUCUACUACUUAUUCCCUGGAUACCUAUUCCAGAUAUUGACCUUCUUUUCCUGGGUAUGUUGGGUGUGGCCCAACAGCAUCACGGCCCAGCAAAUCGGGUCCGGUUACCAUGGUCUCGGACUAGGUGCCUUCACCCUUGAUUGGGCCGGAAUCUCUGCGUAUCACGGCAGCCCAUUAGUCACCCCAUUCUCUUCCAUUCUCAAUGUCAUGGUUGGAUUUAUCAUGUUUAUAUACAUCAUUGUUCCGAUUUGUUACUGGAAGUUCAACACCUUUGACGCCCGCAAAUUUCCCAUUUUCUCGAAUCAACUUUUUACUUCCAGUGGGCAUAAGUAUGAUACUACCAAGAUUUUAACCCCACAAUACGAUCUUAACAUUUCGGCUUAUGAAAGUUACAGCAAGCUGUAUCUUAGCCCGUUAUUUGCACUGUCGAUUGGUUCGGGAUUCGCAAGAUUUACUGCCACAUUAACACAUGUUGCAUUGUUCAAUGGCAGAGAUAUAUGGAGGCAGAGCAAAUCUGCUCUGAAGAACGUGAAAUUAGACGUGCAUGCGAAGAUGAUGAAAAGUUACGAGCAAGUGCCCGAGUGGUGGUUUCUCGUUGUGCUGGCGGGCAGCAUAGCUUUAUCCCUAUUAUUGUCGUUGGUGUGGAAAGAAGACGUUCAGCUACCGUGGUGGGGAAUGCUCUUUGCAUUUGCUUUGGCUUGGAUUGUAACACUCCCAAUUGGGGUCAUUCAAGCCACUACUAACCAGCAACCUGGAUACGACAUUAUUGCGCAGUUCAUAUUCGGAUAUAUCCUUCCCGGAAAGCCCAUUGCAAAUCUACUCUUCAAGAUUUACGGUCGAAUAAGUACUGUUCAUGCUCUUUCUUUCCUAGCCGAUCUUAAACUCGGGCACUACAUGAAAAUCCCACCUCGAAGCAUGUUCAUUGCUCAGCUUGUGGGGACAUUGGUUUCGGGAACGGUCAACCUAGGCGUGUCAUGGUGGAUGUUGGGAAGCAUAGACAACCUAUGUGAUGUGGAGGCAUUGCAUCCUGAGAGCCCAUGGACUUGUCCUAAAUUCCGAGUCACGUUUGAUGCCUCAGUCAUUUGGGGUCUAAUCGGGCCCGAGAGACUAUUUGGGCCAGGUGGAAUGUACCGUAACUUGGUCUGGCUAUUCCUUAUAGGUGCAGUCUUGCCGAUUCCGGUUUGGCUUCUAAGUAAAAUCUUCCCUCACAAAAAAUGGAUUCCUCUGAUCAACAUACCGGUCAUCUCCUACGGAUUUGCAGGCAUGCCACCGGCUACCCCUACAAACAUUGCCAGCUGGAUCAUAACCGGGACUCUGUUCAACUAUUUCGUGUUCAAGUAUCGGAAAACAUGGUGGCAAAGGUAUAAUUAUGUUUUAUCGGCCGCAUUAGAUGCUGGGACGGCUUUCAUGGGUGUUGUGCUGUUUUUCGCUCUGCAAAAUGAGGGCAAAAAUGUAAAAUGGUGGGGUUCGGAGCCGGACCAUUGUCCUCUAGCUUCUUGCCCGACUGCACCUGGGAUUGUUGUUAAAGGGUGUCCUGUUUUCCGGUGA